AUGUCUAAUAUCGCGUUCACUCGAAUUCAACGGGAAUGCAAAGAAGUGGUCACCAAUAAGGAGAUUGCUGAGACGGGUAUUAUGAUCGAAAUUUUAAACGACUCGUUGUCGGAAAUCAAAGGACAAAUCCGUGGACCGCCCGAUACUCCCUAUCAAGGAGGCUCAUUUGAUUUAGAAAUCAAGAUCCCAGACACCUAUCCAUUCACUCCGCCAAAGAUCAAGUUCCUUACGAAGAUAUGCCAUCCCAACAUCAGUCUCAAACAGCGAAACAAUUUGUCUGCGACAUUCUGA